AUGAUCUGGCCAAAAUUCCAUCCAAGUAUCACAACCACACUGGAUCUGCGAACCCCAACCUUCACAGAGCUUGGUCGCAACACAUCCAUUUCGGAUCCCGACGAUCUUGGCCACCCGGAGCGUGUUGAGAUUCCAUAUUCCAAAUCAGGUGAGGCGGGAGCGUUCAUCGUGCUGCUGACACUGCAAAAACCGCGCGAGAAUCUUCUCGCGAUCGUGACACCACUGCCGCACGCUGCCACCGCUCAGCUUCCAUCCCUUGGCACAACAGUACUAGAUGGCCCGUGUGCACCCAGCCACUCAAUCGCAGAACUGACACGCGGUGGAUCGGGAGAACGCAAGGCCAUGGCGCGCACGCACAAGACGACCCGAAUCAAGCGUCAAAUGGCCGACCAAGCUCGUGAGGAAGACCAUGCCCGUACCGCAGAGGCCGUCUACAUGCGUACUACGAAGCAAGUGCUAGUUGUGAGUGAAACAGGAGGCGUCAAGCAGCGCAACCAGGACUUGCGAAGCACACUUUCGGAUGACGACGCAAUGACGAAGACAGUGGUCAAAUCCAAAUGA